GUGUUAGGUCUGUUCAAUUUUCAAAGUUAGUCUUCAAUGGGAUUUGUAACGUUUAUGUAUUUGUAACGCUCCUACUUUUUGCAGUGCCUUAAAAUCAUGUGCAGUGACGGUGUAAAAGCGAUAUUCUUUGAUUUGGACAACACACUAAUAGACACAGCUGGUGCCAACAGAACAGCAAUUCAAAAAGUCCAGGAGUUGCUGGGGACCAGAUUCGGCCAGGAAGAUAUUGGCUCAAUCUGUGAAAGGUUCAGGGUGAAGCUCUUGCAGGAGUCAUACGAGCCGUCAGAGGACGUAACGAUCGAUGACGUCAGGGUAACUCACUGGGAGGAGGCCAUCCAAGAGGUGGCAGGCAAGGGACCCGACCGUACCCUGGCAGCAGAGUGCUACUCGAUGUGGAAGAGCACACGCCUACAGCUCCUGGCCAUACCGGGCCCAGUGCGGGCCCUGCUGGAGGACCUGAGGGAGACCCACAAGCUGCUCCUGCUGACCAAUGGGGUGGCGCAGACGCAGCGGGAGAAGAUCGAGGCGGUGCGCUGCGAAGGGCUCUUCCACGCCGUGGUGGUGGGAGGGGAGCACGCCGAGGAGAAGCCAGCCUCCUCCAUCUUCUGCCACUGUUUCCAGCUGCUCGGGGUGGGGCCCCGGGACUGCAUGAUGGUGGGCGACUCCCUCAACACCGACAUCCUGGGCGGAGCCAACGCCGGGGUGCGAGCGACCGUGUGGGUCAACGGCGACGGCAGGACCGCGCCCCCUGAGGCCCCGGUCAGGCCAGACUACACCAUCGCAACAGUGCUGGAACUGCCCACAGUCCUCGCAGCCCUACACUAAGGGCGUUUUUUAAGAAUGAGGAUAAGGCUUCAGGAACUCCAUAACAAGCAGAGUUACCAUGUGCUGUCAGUCACUGGCUUAUAUGCCACCUAUAGCGAAACAAAUCCUAUUCGUUUAAAUCAGAGUCAUUUGUAGCACAUAAUGGGUCCACUUGUUUUGGAGUUCAGGAAGCCUCAUUCUCCCGUCACUUUUUUUAAAACUGUGCACGGGUGUGUUAUAGUCUCUUUUCUCAUCACUAUCCCAAUCAUUGAUUGCUUCACUGCAGCAUUUUGUAUUAAAUCAAAUGUCAAUUACAACUUAAGACUGAUGUAUUUUUGUACUGGAGGUAGGCCCAAUGUGUAUUUUGGGAACUGUAUCAAUGUAAAUUGUAUGCAGCUAAUGAACUUAAUUGGACCGGUGAAGUCCAGGAAACUUGGAUGGAACAGCAUCCUGUAUACAAAAAUGCCCCUCCAGGAACCAAGUCUGCAAUCUCUGUGAAUUUGUUGUAUUGUAAAAUGAGGUCAUAAAUAAUGGAACCUGUCAGGGGACUGGGUCUAUUCUGGAUAAUUUUCUUUUCUUCCAGUGGAUAAAA